AUUGCAGAAACAGGAUUUACGCCACUAAUUCUGCGUGUCCCGCACUGAAUGAUUCACAGCCUCAAACACGCCCCGCCGCAAUGGUCGAUCCGGAUCCGCCGUCGACAACCACAAUGGCACUUUUGGGCAUCAGGUGACGGGACAAUCAGUGGAUACCGUACAUAGAGCUACAGAUCAGACCAGCCAAACAGAUCGGUAGUAUCGUUGUCACGUCCUUGUUUGGCACAAUCCAACACUGCUUUUGCUUGUCGAGUUUUGCGGGCUUCAAUUCUAUAUAUCACGCACACAAUCCUCAAUCUACCACACGAUAAUUGGCAAUACAAUACAACAAUAAACUGCCAAAAUGGACGAAGAUGAUGUUGAUAUGAUGGAGGAGCAGGAAGAAGAAGAAGACGCCGACAUGGCGGAGCAGCAAGAAGGAGAAGGAAUGGGAGAGGAUGAAUAUGCCAAUUACCAGGAUCUACCCGUCAGUCAAGAAGAUGCAUGGGCUGUCAUUAGUGCCUACUUUGAAGAAAAGGGAUUGGUCCGACAGCAACUCGAUAGUUUUGAUGAGUUCAUUCAGAAUACCAUGCAGGAGUUGGUGGAUGAUUCGGGAGCUAUCCGAGUCAGCCCCGAGUACCAGCACACUGUGGGGUAUGAUGAGGAUCAGUACGAUGACCACUUGGCGGGAGAACAAAAGGCCGUCUUCUCCAUUGCAUUUGGACAGGUUUACUUGAGUAAGCCAACAAAUGUGGAAAAGGAUGGAACCGUCACAAACAUGUUCCCACACGAAGCAAGGCUGCGAAACUUGACGUACAGUGCUCCCCUCUACGUCGAUGUCUCUCUCAAUCAGUACAGUUGUGCCAAGGAAGUCAACAUUGCGGAUCCGGCUUCCGAAGAGUUGAUGGGAGAUGCUAUCACAACCGAGCAUGCCAAGAAGGAAUUCUUGGGGUAUGUACCCAUCAUGCUUCGGUCCCUCUUUUGUGUGCUGAGUGAUAAGGACGAUGCCGAUUUGAGUGAUCUGGGUGAAUGCAUUUACGAUCAAGGCGGUUACUUUGUAAUCAACGGAUCGGAAAAGGUCAUGAUUGCCCAAGAGAGGCUCUCCAACAACCACGUAUACGCCUUUGAAAAGAAACAACCAUCCAAAUUCAGUUGGGUCAUUGAAACACGUAGUCAGGUCGAAGGAUCGAGUCGACCCGUCUCGACGCUUUAUCUGCAAAUGUAUCAAAAGGGGGGUGGUCGUGGAUCACUGGAAGGAAACCAGAUCCGUUCCACGCUUCCCUACAUUCGUACUGAUAUCCCAAUUGUCAUUAUCUUUCGGGCGCUUGGUUAUGUUGCUGAUCGGGAUAUCAUUGAGCAUGCCGUUUACGAUUUGACUGACGGAGAAAUGAUGGACCUGUUCCGGCCUUCCCUUGAGGAGGCAUUUGUCAUUCAAAGACAAGAUGUGGCCCUCGAUUUCAUUGGACGCCGUGGAUCUGCUCGAGAUGUUACCAAGGACGACCGUAUCCGCUACGCCUCUGGAAUUCUCCAAAAGGAAGUGUUGCCGCAUGUGGGCACGGAAGAACAUUGCGAGACGAAGAAGGGAUUCUUCCUCGGAUAUGCCGUUCACAAGUUGCUGUCGUGCAAGCUUGGUCGGGCCGAGGAAGAUGACCGUGAUCAUUUUGGAAAGAAAAGAUUGGAUCUUGCCGGACCCUUGUUAGGAGGAUUGUUCAGAAUUUUGUUCCGGAAAUUGACGCUGGAUGUACGAAAACAUUUGCAACGAUGCCUGGACGAAGGCAAGCACUUUAAUACGGGUGCUGCCAUCAAGUCCAAUCAUAUCACUGAUGGGCUCAAGUACUCGCUGGCCACUGGAAACUGGGGGGAUCGAGGAUCUGCUGCGUCAAAGGCCGGUGUUAGCCAGGUGCUCAAUCGCCUCACGUAUGCUUCCAGUCUGAGUCACUUGCGACGAUGCAACACUCCGUUGGCCAGAACAGGAAAGCAGGCAAAGCCACGACAGCUGCACAAUACACAUUGGGGCAUGGUUUGCCCUGCCGAAACGCCCGAAGGUCAGGCUGUCGGAUUGGUUAAGAAUCUUGCACUGAUGGCUUACAUCACUACGGGAACAGCACAAGUUCCCGUGUUGGAGUUUUUGGAAGAAUUCUCCACUGAAAACCUUACCGAUAUCUUGCCGUCUGUCAUUGCGGAGCCCAACACGUGCAAGAUCUUUGUGAACGGAAACUGGGUAGGAAUUCAUCGCGAUCCAAAGGCCCUUGUGGAUACCUUCCGAUCCCUCCGUCGAAUGGUGGACAUUGAUGCCGAAGUUAGUAUCGUCCGUGAUAUCUCUCAGAAGGAGGUUCGCAUCUACACUGAUGCCGGGCGUAUCUGUCGUCCAUUGUUUGUGGUACAAGACCAACAACUGUGCAUUCAACGACAACACAUCUUGCAGUUGCAAGGGUUGAGCAUGGUUGAAGGCGGAGAAGAGGGCGUAGGCGGCGCCGAGGCCAGCGCGAAACGGCUCACCUGGACAGACCUCCUCAUGGAAGGUUUGGUGGAAUACAUUGACACUGAAGAAGAAGAAACGACAAUGAUUGCCAUGGAGCCAAAGGAUUUGGAUUCGGAGGACUCCUACUCCAGCACUUACACGCAUUGCGAGAUUCAUCCAAGCAUGAUCCUUGGGGUGUGCGCUAGUAUCAUUCCAUUUCCAGAUCACAAUCAGAGUCCGAGAAAUACGUAUCAAAGUGCCAUGGGAAAGCAAGCCAUGGGCAUCUAUGCUUCAAACUAUCAAGUGCGUAUGGACACAAUGGCGCACGUUUUGCAUUAUCCCCAAAAGCCUCUCUGUACAACUCGUGCUAUGGAGUUCUUGCACUUUCGAGAGUUGCCUAGUGGCGUGAAUUGUAUCGUCGGCAUUAUGAUUUACACCGGAUACAACCAAGAAGAUUCUUUGAUUAUGAACCAAUCCGCCAUCGACCGAGGUCUCUUCCGCUCUAGCUACUACAGGUGCUACAUUGACCAAGAGAAGGCUAGUAGCAUGGGGUCCAGUGCCAACUCGGAAAUAUUUGAAAAGCCCAGCUUGGAUUCGACGCGCGGUAUGAAGCAUGGCGAGUACGGCAAGCUUGACGAUGAUGGCUUGGUCGCUCCGGGAACUCGUGUGUCGGGGUCGGACAUUCUCAUUGGGAAAACGGCGCCAUUGGACGGUGGUGGGCAUACCGGUCCCAGUCGCUACACGAAGAGAGACUGCAGUACCAGUAUGAAAGCCAACGAAAACGGUAUCGUGGACAAUGUGAUGGUUAGCACAACAAAGGAGGGGUAUCGUUUCACAAAAGUGCGCAUCAGGAAUGUCCGUGUGCCGCAAGUCGGUGAUAAGUUUGCUUCUCGCCACGGACAAAAGGGAACUAUUGGAAUGACCUACCGACAGGAGGACAUGCCGUUUUCAUGCGAAGGGAUCGUCCCUGACAUUAUUGUCAACCCACACGCCAUUCCUUCCCGUAUGACUAUCGCCCAGCUCAUUGAGUGUAUUCUUGGUAAGGUUGUUGUGUUCCAAGGGUGUGAGGGCGACGCAACGCCAUUUACGGAUGUAACGGUGGAAGAUGUUUCGACACGUUUGCAUUCCAUGGGCUACCAGCGUCACGGCAAUGAAGCUGUGUAUCAAGGACACACGGGCCGCUUCUUGAAUGCCCGAGUCUUUUUGGGGCCAACAUUCUACCAACGCCUCAAGCAUUUAGUCGAUGACAAGGUGCAUAGCCGUGCCCGUGGUCCUGUGGCAAUGUUGACACGACAGCCUCUGGAGGGAAGAAGUCGCGACGGUGGUCUUCGCAUGGGGGAGAUGGAACGUGAUUGUCUGAUUACACAUGGUUGUGCCAACUUUAUGCGAGAUCGAUUCUUCUGCAACUCGGAUCAGUACCGAAUCCACAUUUGUGAACGCUGCGGCCUUACCGCACAAUCGAACUUGAAGAAAAUGACCUAUGAAUGCCGAACUCCCAUGUGCGUGGGUCGACCCACCAAGAUUUGCCAGAUCGAGAUUCCUUACGCCUGCAAACUUCUCUUUCAAGAAAUGAUGUCCAUGUGCAUCAGCACUCGAAUCUACACAUCCAUUAAGCAGCAGAACUAGGAUACUGCGAUGAGGUGCAUGGCAACCGUACUAGUUCGCACUGAGUUAAAUCGAUCCUUUGCGUUUCUUCCAAAACUAAUCAUAGCCAAUCUGCCCUAUGCUAUCUCGUGCCGUAAUAGACUGCUUUGGCUUUUUUUCUGUAUAAAUUAUGAACUAUGAUGCUUCUGGUAUGGUAGCAAACAGGGCCGGUGGUCCAGUAUGACUGUGUACCUGUCAGAAGGAUCCUGGCAUACUAAGAUCCCCUCCAGGUACCGUAUACCAAGACCUCUCUUGGCAUCCUUACAGCCUACCGGUAUUGUCCUAUUGCACAAUCUAUUUCCACACUAUUGUUCCCGCACUCCUAUUCCUACUACAACCGAAAUAAUUGUUCGUUGUGAUACCGCUUUUCCAACAAUGCUCUUGCUGUCAUGACUUUUCUCUCGUUGGCAAUCUCUGCAGUCGGUUCAGAAAGAGUCUGAUCGAGCGACCCUC